UUGUAUUGAUCGCGAUCGUGAUACGUAAGUUUGUGAGUGAAUUGGUUUUGAGCCAAAAUAGAAAUAGUUCAAUGCAGUCAUUCGCUGUAUCAAGCAAGGAGUGUCAGAUUAUUUGGAUUCAUCAACGUCAAUUUCUCAACGUGAAUCAAUAUUGUCAAAACAUCGAUUUAUAAGAAACUGUAAAAAAUAAACACACAAAAUGUCUUCAUUGCGGAUGAAGGCAGCAAAAUGCCCCUCUGAUGAGCUGGCUGUAACAAAUUGUGCUCUCAUUAAUCCAGACGACUUCCCCAGUGAUGUCAAGCAUAUAGAAGUAUCAACUGGUCCGUCACACUUUGUCUUCAGUAUUCGAUUCUACAGUGGUGUGGAUCGUGGCACUGUUGGAUUUUCAGCACCACAACGAAAAUGGGCUACGCUUUCCAUUGGCCAACCCAUAGACGUGAAACCGUUCAAGCCACAAAACGCGGAAUGUUUGUGCAGUGUUACAUUAGAUGCAGAUUUUAUGCUAAAGAAAACAACAUCGUUGGAACCGUACGAUUCAGAGCAAAUGGCGCGCGAUUUUCUCAUCCAGUUUUCCAACCAGGUCUUCACAGUCGGACAACAACUGGCAUUUGCCUUCCAGGAUAAAAAAGUUUUGUCAUUAAUUGUAAAGAAUCUUGAAGCUGUGGAUGUACAAGCGUUGGCAUCAGGCGCUAACGCAGUCCCGCGUCGCGUCAGGAUGGGCAGGCUGCUGCCUGAUGCCUGUAUACAGUUCGAUAAGGCGGAGAAUUCUUCCCUGAACUUAGUAGGGAAGGCUAAAGGAAAACAGCCCCGUCAGUCAAUCAUCAAUCCGGACUGGGACUUUGGUAAAAUGGGCAUCGGUGGUCUGGAUAAAGAAUUCAAUGCCAUCUUCAGACGUGCGUUUGCAUCUCGCGUUUUCCCACCAGAAGUUGUCGAACAAUUGGGUUGCAAGCACGUAAAGGGUAUUUUAUUGUUCGGGCCACCUGGUACGGGUAAAACUUUGAUGGCCAGACAGAUCGGCAAAAUGUUGAACGCCCGCGAACCUAAAAUUGUGAACGGUCCGCAAAUAUUGGACAAAUAUGUUGGUGAGAGCGAGGCCAACAUCCGACGGUUGUUUGCCGACGCCGAAGAAGAAGAGAAAAGGUGCGGACCGAACAGCGGCUUGCACAUAAUAAUCUUCGAUGAAAUCGACGCGAUCUGCAAAGCGCGUGGCUCCGUGGGUGGCAACACUGGGGUACACGACACUGUUGUCAACCAACUGCUCUCCAAAAUUGAUGGUGUGGACCAGCUGAACAACAUCCUGGUGAUCGGGAUGACGAACAGACGCGACAUGAUCGACGAGGCUCUGCUGCGUCCUGGCCGGCUCGAGGUGCAGAUGGAGAUCGGUCUGCCAGAUGAGACCGGCCGAGUACAGAUCCUCAGCAUUCACACAAAGCGCAUGCGCGAGUACAAGAAGAUCGCUGAAGAUGUCGACUGCAAAGAGUUAGCAGCACUAACAAAGAACUUCUCCGGCGCGGAGCUGGAGGGUCUGGUGCGUGCGGCGCAGUCCACCGCCAUGAACAGGCUGAUCAAGGCCUCCAGCAAAGUGGAGGUGGACCCUGAGGCCAUGGAGAAACUCAUGGUCGAGCGCACGGACUUCUUACACGCACUGGAAAAUGAUAUUAAACCGGCAUUUGGUACGGCGGCGGAGGCGCUGGAGCACUUCUUGUCCCGCGGCAUCAUAAACUGGGGCUCUCCUGUCUCCUCACUGCUGGAGGAUGGUCUGCUCUACAUACAACAAGCACGCGCUACUGAGGCCAGCGGGCUGGUGUCGGUGCUGCUAGAAGGUCCGCCCAACAGCGGUAAGACGGCGCUGGCGGCCGAGCUGGCCAAGCGCUCAGACUUCCCCUUCGUGAAGGUCUGCUCGCCAGAGGACAUGGUCGGCUUCACCGAGACCGCCAAGUGCUUGCAGAUACGCAAGUAUUUCGACGAUGCAUACCGAUCGAGCCUGUCUUGUAUUCUGGUAGACAAUAUUGAGCGGCUGCUGGACUACGGUCCGAUUGGGCCGCGCUACUCCAACCUCACGCUGCAGGCGCUGCUCGUGCUGCUCAAGAAGCAGCCGCCCAAAGGUCGCAAGCUGCUCAUACUGUGCACCAGCAGCCGCAGACAAGUGCUGGAAGACAUGGAGGUGCUGUCAGCGUUCACCGGCGUGCUGCAUGUACCCAACCUGUCCCAGCCCGAGCAUGUCAUGGCCGUGCUAGAGGAGAGCGACGCCUUCUCCAAGCGAGACCUCGCCAGGAUACAGAGCGACCUCAGGGGUGCCAAGAUAUUCAUCGGUAUCAAGAAGUUGCUGGCGCUCGUCGACAUGGUCAAACAGACGGACGAGGACUCGAGAGUGUUCAAAUUCCUCACCAAGAUGCAGGAAGAGGGAGGACUGGACCUCGGCACUACUAUACAAUAAGAAUUGUUGCAACCUUAGGGAAUACACUCGCAUACCACACGCACGCCCUCGCCCUACAUCUCACACGACCUUCACAUUGCACACAUCUCACACAGACCUCACACCGCCAAAGUCACCGAGUGCACACCUUGCAACUCACAUCUCAGGAGCUACGAGAUCGAUUACGAUGAAGUCAGCGAAAGCGUAGAGUCAUUGAAUUCCAGCCAAAAGAUAGCAAGAACGGCCAAAGGUAAUGAAAUAUCACCAUCUAAAAUGCCACUCAUGAGAAUACGAAGCGUCGAAAUCGUCUUUGAAGAUGAUAUGUCUUGUGUGGACACGGCGAUACUCGACCGCAGCCUGGAAUUACUUCUUUCAGAUAGCAGCGAUGAUUCCACCAAAUGUGUUGAUGAUCUGGAACAUUUGCCCGGAGAAAGGGAUGAAAAUGAUUACUCCGUGACAUUGAAUGCAGAAGGUGAUUUGUCUGAUGAUACAUCUAUAUCUUCAAGGGAUAAUAUAGUCAGUGAAGAUAACCAGAAAAUUGAAACAGCAUCACUUCAUCAGGACAAUGCUAUUGAAAAACUAAAUCAGCAAGCUAACGAUGAUAACACAUUAUCGCUUAAUAUAUCUGAAUUAGGGGAUUCCGGUCGCUUUACGGAUCCAUCAUCAUCUCACGAGACCGUCGCUGCUGUGUACAAUGAUGCUUUGCUUUCUCAUUUAUUUGACGUCAUCAACAUUGACGAGUCAUCAACAGUGCACAGUACAUUUGAGCUGUCAGAGAUCUGUACUGAAAAUGGUAAAACCAAACUGUUACUGGAAUACAUCGAAAGUGACAGCUCGGA